UGUCCCCCGUCAGAUUCCAUCUCUGAACUCCAUCAGCAAAGCAAAUCGCGCGCCAUUAAACUCCACAUUUACAGAACUAUCAUACCCCAAUAUUAUUCCUCUCCCUCUCUCUCAUACCUUUCGGCGAUUAAAGAUUAAAAAGAAGAGAAAAAGGAAAAAGAGAAUAAAAAGUAGUUAUACUAUACAAUCAUUUCAAACUCUGGAUCUGCUCUAGGGACAAAUUUAAAAAGUUUUGGAGCAGAUUUGAAAUCGAUUCAAGAGAGUGAAGGGAGCGGUUAGUUUGAGUAUGGAGGGGAAGCUGAUAGAGAGGUUGGAGGCCGCGGUGGCGCGGCUGGAGGCCCUUUCGGCGGGGGGUGUCUCGGCGAGGGAUCUGCCGGAUGUUGGUGUUGAGGUGGCUACGGAUCCGUCCAUUGUGGCGUUUGACGAUCUGAUGGCUAAUUAUGCGGCUAGGGUUUCGGCUGCUGCGGAGAAGAUUGGAGGUCAAGUGCUGGACGUGACUAAGAUUCUUGUCGAGGCCUUGUCUGUGCAAAAGAAACUUCUUAUCGAGAUCAAGCACGCACAGAAACCUGAUAUGGCAGGCUUGGCUGAAUUUCUCAAACCGCUGAAUGAAGCGAUCAUGAAGGCUAAUGCUAUGACAGAAGGGAGGCGAUCUGAUUUUUUCAACCACUUGAAGAGUGCUGGGGACAGUCUGUCAGCUUUAGCAUGGAUUGCAUACACUGGCAAAGAUUGUGGUAUGAGCAUGCCUAUUGCACAUGUGGAAGAAAGUUGGCAAAUGGCUGAAUUUUACAACAACAAGGUUCUUGUAGAGCAUAGGAACAAAGAUCCGAACCAUGUUGAGUGGGCCAAAGCUUUGAAGGAGCUGUAUUUACCAGGUCUGAGGGAUUAUGUCAAAAGUCAUUAUCCUCUUGGCCCAGUAUGGAGUGCUUCUGGUAAAAAGGCAUCUAGUGCUCCACCAAAAGCUUCUCCACCAGGUGCCCCUGCACCUCCUCCUCCUCCACCUGCUUCUCUUUUCAGCGCAGAACCUUCUCAGCCUUCUUCAUCACGUCCAAAACAAGGGAUGGCCGCUGUUUUCCAAGAAAUCAAUACUGGAAAUGUCGCUUCAGGCCUGAAGAAGGUGACUGCUGAUAUGAAGGCAAAGAACCGAACAGAUAGAACAGGCAUUGUUAGUGCUGGUGAAAAAGAAACACGUUCCAGCUCAUCUUCUUUCUCAAAAGCAGGACCACCAAAACUAGAGCUGCAAAUGGGUCGUAAGUGGGUUGUUGAGAACCAAAUUGGAAGAAAGAACUUAGUUAUUGAUGACUGUGAUGCCAAACAGUCUGUAUACAUUUUUGGAUGCAAAGAUUCUGUUUUGCAGAUUCAGGGGAAAGUCAACAAUAUAACAAUUGACAAAUGCACUAAGAUGGGAGUGGUAUUUAAGGAUGUUGUGGCUGCUUGUGAGAUAGUAAACUGCAAUGGUGUUGAGGUGCAAUGUCAGGGUUCUGCUCCAACAAUUUCGGUGGACAACACAUCAGGCUGUCAGUUAUACUUAAGCAAAGAUUCUUUGGGGGCAUCUAUAACAACAGCAAAGUCAAGUGAGAUCAAUGUAUUAGUACCUGCUGCUGAGGCUGACAGUGACUGGGGGGAGCAUGCUUUGCCGCAACAGUAUAUCCAUGUAUUUAAGGAUGGCCAGUUCGAGACUACUCCUGUCUCCCACUCAGGAGGUUAAUUGGGACUUAUUCUAAUCAAGCAUUUAGCCUUCCUUUUUUAAAACUUUGCUCUUUUAUUUCCUUGGACAGCAGUGGGUGAUUUUGGUUUUUUUCUACCCUUGAUUUGAUCGCUGUCUAUAUAUAUAUAUAUCUAUGACACGCAUCCGUUGGUCAUCAUCUGGUUUAUUCCUUGAGUUUACUGAAAACAGUUUGAAUCUCUUCCAUGAUCUCUUUUAGUGUUUGUUUUUGGGAGAUGAGUUGAGCUUUUUGCAACUAUUUAUGUUUUCAUUUGGAACUUUAAUUUUAUUAUGUUCAGCUUUCUGAUUUUUCUUUAA